GUCAAUACCUCUCUCCCGCUCACAGAACACCUCUUCUACAAUUUCUCUCACGCCGACAUUAUGCCUCCCAUAGCUCCCUCUCGCGAGGCUCUUGUCCUCCUGCGACACACAGUCCGCCCUUCCUUCCGCCCUCACCGUAACUGUUUUCUUGCGCACUCACUCCGCCAGCGUUCGCGCCGCAUAGCUACCUUCACACACUCGCACCAUGCCGAAGCCGUAUCCGUCAUACCCACAAAAGUCGACACGAGCUCGCCGGAGUUCAAAGAGAACAAGGCCCAAAUGGACGAAGCCAUUGCACGUAUGGCGGAGCUGCACUCCAAGAUUGCCCAGGGCGGGCCGCCAAAAGCCAGGGAGAAGCAUGUCCAGAGGGGAAAGAUGCUGGUACGGGACAGGAUCACGGCGCUGAUUGAUCCGGGCACGACGUUCCUGGAGCUGUCCCAACUGGCGGGUUAUCAGUUGUAUCCCGGCGAGGACGUACCCGCUGGUGGUAUUAUAACGGGAAUCGGCACGGUUUCGGGAGUCGAUUGCGUUAUUGUUGCCAAUGACAGCACCGUCAAGGGUGGCACGUAUUAUCCCAUUACUGUCAAGAAGCAUCUCCGAGCCCAGGCCAUUGCCAUGGAGAACAGACUUCCGUGUCUGUACCUCGUCGACUCCGGAGGUGCCAAUCUCCCCCACCAAGCCGACGUCUUCCCCGACAAGGAGCACUUUGGCCGCAUCUUCUACAACCAGGCUCGCAUGAGCGCCGCCGGUAUCCCCCAAAUCAGCGUGGUAAUGGGCCCAUGUACCGCGGGGGGCGCCUACGUGCCCAGCAUGUGUGACGAGAGCAUCAUUGUCGAGAACCAAGGCACCGUCUUCCUCGCCGGCCCGCCCCUCGUGAAAGCCGCAACGGGCGAAGUCGUUUCCGCCGAGGAACUCGGAGGCGGUCGUCUCCACAGCGAAAUCUCGGGUGUGACGGACUACCUCGCCGUGGACGACGCCCACGCCCUUGUUCUCGCGAGACGCAGCAUCAGUAAUCUAAACUGGCACCGGAACAACCCGCCCCUGACCUCCUCAGCCCUCACCACCAACAGCGCCUUCAAAGAACCCCUCUAUGACCCAGAAGAACUCUCGGGUAUCGUAGGGACCUCUCUCCGCCGACAGAUCCCCGCGCACGAAGUCAUCGCGCGCAUCGUCGACGGCUCCUCCUUCGCCGAAUUCAAGCCCUCGUACGGCACGACGCUCGUGACGGGCUUCGCAAGGAUCUACGGCCAACCCGUCGGCAUCGUGGCCAACAACGGCAUCCUCUUCUCCGAGUCGUCGCUCAAGGGCGCGCACUUUGUCCAGCUGUGCGGGAAACGCCACAUCCCCCUCGUGUUCCUGCAGAACAUCUCGGGCUUUAUGGUCGGCCAGGAUGCGGAAAAAGGGGGCAUCGCGAAGAAUGGAGCGAAACUCGUGACGGCGGUGAGUUGUGUCGAGGUGCCCAAGUUUACGGUUGUGUUUGGGAGUUCGGCGGGGGCGGGGAAUUAUGGGAUGUGCGGCCGCGCAUACUCCCCGCGCCUCCUCUUCACCUGGCCCAAUGCCCGUACCUCGGUCAUGGGCGCCGAGCAGCUCAGCGCCGUCAUGGAGGCCGUCGGGCGCCAGGCGGAUCCGGAGCUGAAGGCGCGCAUUGAGCGCGAGAGCGAGGCCACGUUUGGCAGCGCGCGGUUGUGGGACGAUGGCGUGAUUCCGCCGAGCCAUACGCGGAGGGUGCUGGGGCUGGGGCUGAGGGCGGCGUUGGGAGGGGAUAAGGGGAGGGCGGAGAGGGAGGUGGAGAGUCGGUGGGGGGUGUUUAGGAUGUAG